UCAAUGGCAAAAUAAUGACAUUCAAAUUUUCCAGGAUGCUAAAAAUAGCGCUGAUUGCAACACUUGCAUCGUCCUUUUCCGUUAGGAAUACCGUAUGUAACAUCAUUCGAUAGCCGAAAAUAACCGAACGCUGGCGAUUAUUCAUCCAAAAAUAGACUGUAGAUCGGUUAUUUCCGCGGAUAAGACUGCAGAUUCUAUUUGAAAUUUCCGUGUCCAACCGUUUGUUACCGAAUCAUUUCAGCCGCGUGAUACUUUAUGACCUCCUUUUACGACAACCAAAAACCUUACUGCUAAUCGGAGGCAGAAAUUUCGAAUGUUCACAAUAUUGAAGAAAUUGACCGAUCUGACCAUCAUGAAGUUCUUUUUAUACCAACGGGUUGAAACACCAAGGAGAUGGAGAAACAAGCCAAAAUCAAAAUUUAACGGCGAUGGCAAAUGUCCGAGUUAGAUUCUGAGGGGUUGAAAUGGUCUGAUAGUGACAGAUAGAUAUUUGCUGUGUUGCAUAUUGCACAAACGAUUAAUUACAAAUCCAAUGGAAAUAAAGGCAUCAGACUUCACUGCGAGGACGCCAAACAUCAGAAAAAACACUCGAGUUGUGAAAACGAGGAAUGAGGUUCUGUCGGGUUCUUCUAAUUGUACUAAGAACACUGAAUCUAUGCAAGACAGGGUGGAUAAACAACGCCAUAACCGUAAACUAAACACACACAGCAUUGCCAAAAGUUGUGAUGACCUAAAGAAAAAUCUUAAAGGACAGGUCUUAACACUGUAUACCAAUGAGGCAACAAACAAUAACAAUGAUAAGAAUUUGAAUGUAAUCACAUUGUAUAUUGUGAAAUAGUGUGGAAAUAAUAAAAUUACAAAAAUUUUGAAAAAAAAUAAAAGGUCUUGAAUUGUUAUUUGCAGGAGUCUCCAAAACUGAAAUACAGAGGACUCUAUUUAUCUGGAAAAGCUUUGUACAGUACUUGUAAAUUGCUGUAUUUCAGGAGCUUCCGGGGGCCUCCGGCCCCCUGGACCCCUAGCCAGGGCUUUGCCCUGGACCCACCGGGGGCCCUAUUGGCCCCCAGAUAUUUUUUUUCAGUAUUUUCAGUUUUUCCAACUUUCAC